UGGGCACUGGUGGGUGGCACUGGUGGGCACAUGUGGGCACAUAUGGGUGGGCACAUGUGGGUGGCACUGCUGGGCACAGGUGGGUGCAUUGCUGGGCACAGGAGGGUGCACUGCUGGGCACAGAUGGGCGCACUGCUAGGCACAGGUGGGUGCACUGCUGGGCACAGGUGGGCGGAACUGGUGGGUGGCACUGCUGGGCACUGAUCAUCAGUGCCCUGAUGCUUGGUGCUGAUCCCUGCUUUGACAACUGCCGGUUCUCGGCAGUACUUUCCUCACACUCUGACAGCGUGAGGAAAGUGCAGCCGAGAACUGGCAAUUGCAU